GAUGGUAUAUGCUGAAUGUUCACAUAUUGCAGACGACAUCUCGUGGACAACGUGAAAGAACGAGAUUCAAGAUGUCUGCGCCCAGUAGUUAAAUAUUUCAUGUCUUUUUUCUAAACAUUUUCAGAACGUAACAGAAACGAAUCAAAUGGAAUUUGAGAAUUCUAAAGAAAUUGACCCUGAACAAGAAAGACUAGAGGUUCCUCAAGACAAAUCAAAUAGUGGAGAUAUUGGUGAUGCAGAGGAAUGUCCAGCACCAGCUGUAACAGAGGGUGCCACUCUGUCCAAGUCACAAAUGAAAAAGCAGUUAAAGAAACAAAAAUGGGAACAAGUUAAAUCAGCUAAAAGAAAAGCAGAAAAACAACGUCAAAAAGCACGAAAACAAGCAUGUCGGGAACGUGGUGAAGAUGUGGGGCCAACAAGAAAGAAGUUACGUCAUAACAAAAUGUCAAAGUCCAACUGUCGGGUUAAAGUUGUGGUGGACUGUGACUUUGAUGACUACAUGGCUGAAAAGGAUAUAAAGAUGCUAGUGAAGCAGAUUCAGUACAGUUACUCUGCCAACAGACGGGCAGAAAAUCCCCUCCAAUUCUAUUGUUGUGGUGUAACUGGUAAAACAAGGCAGCGUCUGGAGAGUAUUGGUGAUUAUAAAGGCUGGGAUAUAAUAUUCAGUGGGGAGAGUUAUAUAGAGAAGUUUGAGAAGUCUUCAAUUGUUUACCUGUCAAGUGAAUCUGAGAACAUUCUACACACAUUAGAAGAUGACAAAGUUUAUAUUAUUGGUGGUCUUGUUGAUCAUAACCACCAUAAGGGUUUGUGUCACACUUUAGCUAAAGAGAAGGGUAUAAGUCAUGCACAGUUACCUAUAUCAGAUUAUAUUGACAUGAAAACAAGAAAAGUUCUCACUGUCAAUCAUGUUUUUGAAAUAUUAUUACAUUAUACUGAGACAAAAGAUUGGCAAAAAGCACUAUACACUGUAUUACCACCUAGAAAAGGAGCAGCACUGAAGCAGGGAAAAUCUUCAGAAAAGGCAGAUAACUCUUCAGAUAAGCAGGAUAACUCUUCAGAAAGGGAGGAUAACUCUUCAGAAAAGGAGGAUAAAUCUUCAGAUAAGGAGGAUAACUCUGAACCACAGGAUGGUGAUAGUGACAAUAAAAAUGCUUGUUCUGGUGUUAAAAAAGACAAUAAUACAUUAAACACUGGUACCUCUAAACAUUGUGAAAAUGGGAAAUCAGAAUCUUUAAAAGAAGUUAAAGAUGAUAAUACAAAAACUCAACUUAAAAAGACGUCUUGUGAAAAUGAUGAUGAUAAAGAAAAAGUGGAAGAUCCAGAUGGUGAUGUCAUAAAGGAGGAAAAAGAUAUAGUAACAUUGGUAAAUGAGUGAAAAAAGAAAAAUUUAAACUAUUUUGUUUCAUCUUCAACCAUUGUGUAAAAAAAAAGUGUAUGAUAACAUAAAAACAUGACAUUAAG